UCGAGAAAGAAUACCUCGAGAAUUCAAGCCCUUCAAGCUCUUCAUCCUCAGCAACAGACAAAGGCACAAAUCUUCAACCUCUCUUCUUCUGCCUCUCAGAACUUCCAGACUUCACUCCUACCAACUACAUCACUCGUUCCAAAAGAACCUUCCAAGACUCCCCUCAACAAUCACAAUGCAUUUCUCCACCAUCGCUGUCGUCCUUGCUGGCGCAACCGCCGCUGUGGCAACUGCCAUCCCAGCGCUCAAGGAGCGUCAGUCCACCCUCUGCACAGGAAGCUACAGCCCCGUCUGCUGCGCCACCGACGUCCUAGGUCUCGCUGACCUUGAUUGCGCUCCUCCUCCGUCCACUCCCACCGACUCAGCCGACUUCACCAGCAUCUGCUCGGCCAUCGGACAGCAAGCUCAGUGCUGCUUGUUGCCUAUUCUCGAGCAAGGACUCAUCUGCACCACACCCAUCUAA